AUGAACUUCACAAGGGAGAUUUUAGAAAAAUAUCCUAAAGUUUAGGAGAUGAUAAAACUUAUAAUUCUUGCUAUUAAAGAUACUAAAGAAUAUCUUAAAAAUAAGGAAAAAAUAAAGUUCCUUUUACUUAAAGUGAAGACUAGAAAAUACUUUAAAUGGUAGAAAAGCAUGGAUAUAAUUGGUCUUAUAUUUCUUAAGCUUUUAAAGGAAGAAAUAGUAAAUAAAUAAGAAAUAGAUAUUUAAAUAAACUUGAUAAAAAUUUAAAUUUCUAAAAAUGGACAGAUGAAGAAGAUAAUUUAUUAAUCGAAAGUUACUAAAAAUACGGAAACAAAUGGUCAUCAAUAGCCAAAUUAUUUAAUGGUAGAACCGAAAAUAUGGUGA